AUGUCACAAACGACGCUUGUUAAAACUAUGGAUAUUUUAUUUACAAAUAAAAUGCUAAAUCCAUCAAGGUUUUUACGUUAUGUUUAUAGAAAUGACUGUCGAUAUCAAACCACAGGACAAGUCAAACAAGGAUCUAAAAUAAAAACUGCUAGUUCUGUAUACAGAAGCAUGAAUAUCUUUGAUAGAAAAGCGAAAAUACUGCAGAAAGAACGGGCUGCCCAAUGUGAGGAUUAUGAAUUGGCUGAAUAUAUAAAGGAAGAGGUUGGUUGGAGAACAGCUGAUCGAGUUUUCGAUAUAAAAAGAACGUUCAAAAAUGCAGUAGAAUUAGGGGCUGGUCGAGGAUAUGUGUCUCGUCAUUUUCUUCCGGACAGUGUUGAAAAAAUAACCCUCUGUGACACGUCACAAACACAUCUGAAUAAAGCUAUAGUUGGCGAUGGAGUCAAAUUUGACAAGGUUGUUAUGGAUGAAGAGAAUUUCGAAUUUCCAGAUAAUAGCAUUGACUUACUAGUGUCAUCUUUGGCUCUGCAUUGGGUAAAUGACUUACCUGGGUGUUUCGAUAGAGUCAUGAGAUGUCUACAGCCAGAUGGUGUGUUCAUGGCAUGCGUGUUUGGUGGCGACACACUCAUGGAAUUGCGUCAAGCUUUGCAGUUAGCAGAAACUGAAAGAAAGGGUGGAAUGUCCCCUCACAUAUCGCCUUUCACUCGCAUACGAGAUAUUGGAGGUUUGCUAAAUGCAGCUGGUUUCACACUCCAAACAGUGGACGUAGAAGCAUUAACAAUAUGGUACCCUAGCGCGUGGCACUUAAUGCGAGACGUGCGUACACUGGGCGAGUCGAACGCCGCGUUGAAUCGACCGCUGCAUCUCGACCGCGACGUGCAGUUCGCAGCCGCGGCCAUUUACGACGAAAUGUAUGGAAAGGACUUUCCGGAGAAAAAUUCACGAGGUGUCCCAGCAACGUUUCAAAUAAUAAACUUCCUCGGUUGGAAACCCGAUCCGUCACAGCCGAAACCUCUAGAGAGGGGCACUGGAGAAAUAUCUCUUAAGGACUUGCACAAAAUAGACGAAAUAAUAAAAGAUACCAAUAAAGUUAAACUAAGCGAAAAAGAUAUGAAAUAA